UUAUGGCCACACUAUUUAGUUAUUCCCACGGAUAUAUAUACAUAUAUAUUUUGUUAGCGAAAUGUACGAGCUGAAAACUUUACUUCCUCAAUUCGAAAUAAAAUUGCCAACCUGUAUGUAUGAUCUGAAGAAUGUGAGCCUGACGGGCAGCCCCAGCACCGGUGCCGGCAUCAGCAGCAGCUCCAGUUCACUCCCACAGCAGCAGAACGCCAGCGGCAAGAGCUACAGCAGCAGCAGCGCCACAUGUGCACUUGACUUGGACAUUUUAGGCCGACAAAUUCAACAAUUGUUAAAGGCCAACAAUGGCAAGGAUACAUCAGCAGUGGUGGCCCGUCAGGAUAAGGUGUUGCUCCAACUGGAGGAUCUCAAGGCCCAAUUGGGCAAAAUAAGAGCCGGUCUGGGUUUAUGUGGCAAGACAAUCCAGCAUACGACAGGCUAUCAGAAUGGUGGCUUAAAGGAGGUGCCACUCGAGGAUAUUGUCAUCAAUGGUCAUCCGAAUUUCAUACCCUACGCUCUGUUGGCUCUAAAGAAUGCCUGGCGAGACCUCUAUACAAUCGACAUAAAAACCUUUACACACUCCACAAUGGCAGACAUUGGACCAGCGGCACGAGAAUUUGAACAAAAUCUAGCCAAGGUUCCAAUCAAUGAAUCAUUGCCCAAGAUCAAUGUUACCUUAAUAUGGAAAAACUGCGAGCACACUGAAAUGAUCAGCUCACCGACCAUGUACGUUCCCAUUUAUGGAGAAGUUAACAUAAUUCGUUACUUGGGUCGUGUAGGUCCAGCAGAAUAUCGCUAUGAAGGCUCACCUGUUUGCAAUGAGAUUGAUCUAGUGCUGGACAUAUGCUAUCAACUGUUGCGUUGCACUACCCACAAAUCUCAGGUGGCCAUGGUCAGGCUGCUCGAGAAGCGUCUGCAAAAGCAGCAAUAUUUCGGUGGCUCACAAAUGUCCGUAGCUGAUAUUGGUGUCUAUAGUUCGCUGAUACGAAUGCCUGCCAUUACGGAUAAGGAUCUGACGCCGGCUUUGGUGGCAUGGAGGAAACGUGCCAAGCUGGUGACAAAAAUCUAAAAAAAAUUGAACAAAAUAAUAAACAACUAAAGAAAUCUA